CUACUAGCUUUGCAGCUCUCCAUCCAUGCUGCCUACUGGUGGCUGCUGUUCCAUGCCUAAGAAUUGAAUUGAAUUGAAACUUUCUGCCAAUCUUCAAUUCUUGUCCCUCAAUUCAAGUUCCAGCUUAGCUUGAAUCUCUACAGUAGCCAUGGAGACUGGCAUCACAUGCUGCGCACGUGCAUCUCUCCCCCCAAACCUUGUUUCUCCCCAACAUUCAGCUGCACUGGCUAGUCCCAGGUCCAUUUCUGCAUCAUUCACCAACAAGAAUGUUGUGCAGGCUCUGAAACCAAGUUCAUUAUUCGGGGAAUCGUUGCGCAUUUCGCCUAAAUCGACACAAAGGGUCUCAAGAAGAGCAAAGAACUCAUCAUCCCUUGUGGCUAAAUGUGAGCUAGGUGACAGUCUGGAAGAAUUUCUUACAAAAUCGACACAAGAUAAGGGGCUGAUCAGGCUGAUGAUGUGCAUGGGAGAAGCACUGAGAACAAUUGCCUUCAAAGUCAGAACAGCUUCCUGUGGAGGAACAGCCUGUGUGAAUUCUUUUGGGGAUGAACAGCUUGCAGUCGAUUUGCUUGCUAAUAAGCUCCUCUUUGAGGCCUUGACUUACUCACACUUCUGCAAAUAUGCUUGUUCUGAAGAAGUUCCCGAGCUGCAGGAUAUGGGAGGACCGGUUGAGGGUGGAUUUAGUGUUGCUUUUGAUCCACUUGAUGGUUCGAGUAUUGUGGACACCAAUUUCACAGUGGGAACCAUUUUUGGCGUGUGGCCUGGGGAUAAGCUAACCGGGGUUACAGGAGGGGAUCAAGUUGCAGCUGCCAUGGGAAUAUUCGGGCCUCGUACUACAUAUGUUCUUGCUCUUAAAGAUAUUCCUGGAACACAUGAAUUCCUCCUCCUGGAUGAAGGGAAAUGGCAGCAUGUCAAGGAUACAACAGAGAUUGGAGAAGGGAAAAUGUUCUCCCCAGGGAACCUGAGAGCCACAUCUGAUAAUCCUGACUAUGCUAAGCUGAUAGACUACUAUGUCAGAGAGAAGUACACCCUGAGAUACACCGGAGGAAUGGUGCCUGAUGUAAACCAGAUCAUUGUGAAGGAGAAGGGGAUCUUCACAAACGUGGCAUCCCCGUCUGCAAAGGCGAAGCUGAGGCUGCUGUUUGAGGUGGCUCCUUUGGGAUUCUUGAUCGAGAAGGCCGGGGGCUACAGCAGCGAUGGCAAGCAGUCUGUGCUCGACAAGGUGAUCACUAACCUCGACGACAGAACUCAAGUAGCUUACGGAUCCAAGAACGAGAUCAUCCGGUUCGAAGAGACACUCUAUGGAUCCUCCAGGCUCAAGUCUGCAGCACCAGUUGGAGCUGCUGCUUAAGAAUGUAGCAUCUUUUUAAACUUCUCCUUUCUGUAAUUCUGUCAUUUCUUUAUAUAAUCUAUGAGUUUUUAUCUUGUUUUCCAUAA